CCCUGUUGAUUUUCAUAUGAGAAUAAUAACAACAUUGAAAAUAGGUGAAAUUGAAAGAAGUAAACAAAUACAAUGGAAUCUUGUCGUAUUUGCAUGGGUAACACAGAUGUCGAGGUGGAUCUGUUUACAAACCAGCCCUUGUAUCAUAUGGAAAUGACGCUGUUGGACAUGAUAAACGAGAUUGUCGAUUUGAAUAUACAGUGCGACAAACUUCCUCGAAAAAUCUGCACAACGUGCGUUUCGGAUGCUCAAGUCGCCUUUCGAUUCAAACGAAAUUGCGAGCGCAGUUACAAUGUUUUUAAAGCUCUAAUUAGAGACGAGGGCUCAAAUGAUGGAGGAGAAGCCAACAGCGAUGCUCCACACAAUCAAACAAACUUCUUGGACGAUAAGGAAUGGAAUCCAUCAUCGUAUGAUACAGACAUAAUCGUCAAAACAGAACCUAGCUUGGAGCUUUAUGUCGUCAAUGAAAUGGUAAACGAUGCACCUGACUGGGAAAAUGACUUUGUGGAAGACAAUCAAAGGGAUUUAUCGCUACAAGAUCGAAAUGUAAUUGUAAAAAUGGAGGAAGAUGCUGUGAUUAACAUUUCAGACGACGAAGAUGAAAAUUCAAAAGCUGCCGUUCCUAAGCGGGGUCGGGGUCAGGGUAUAGAAGUCUCUUACAAAUGCACCUUCUGCGAUCUGACAUUCGAUCAUCACAUGACUUUAAAGAAGCAUCUGUGCCACAAAUCGUACAUUCGUUCGAAAGUUCUAAGGAUUCACAUACAAAAGAUUCAUCUUGAUGAAAAAUUCCAGUUGCCCAAGGUCCUAUUCACGCGACCCGUUGCUACACCAACAUAUCAAGCUCCAUAG